GGCUCCCAGUCGGGGCGUGUGAGGCGGUCCAUGCUCCACGGGUGUCACCAGGGGGCGGGACCUGCGGAGCCGCGGCGGGAGGAGCUUCAACAGUCUAAUGAAGUUAAAGUUUUACUUAACAUUCAGUAACAACAAAAAUAUGAAUGACAACAAGCUGAGGUCUAAAGUUUCAUGGCUUGACAAAACAGAGAAACACUGUGAUGGAACAGUGCAAGUGCUUUCAGGACUAGUACCUUUUCUUAAGCACUCACCCUGAACCAGUAAUCAGAAAGGAUUUUUUUUUCUGAGUCACAACAGCAUUAUGCACCUGCACUCAGUGAGGUGGCAGAUUCCUGUUCAAAUCCUGUCUUCUCAUCAGGCAGAGGGGGGACUUAAACCAGGAGUCUCCCAUAUUCCAGGUACCUUUGACUUGGUUUGAAGUGCAGCUAUGGAAAAAUGGAGCUUAAUGACAAUUACUGUCUUACUAGGACUUAUUGUACGCUGGACGGUAUCAUUUGGUUCUUAUUCAGGUGCAGGAAAACCGCCUAUGUAUGGAGACUAUGAAGCUCAGAGGCAUUGGCAAGAAGUUACUUACAAUCUACCCAUCAAGCAAUGGUACUUCAAUACCAGUGACAAUAAUCUGCAAUACUGGGGCCUUGAUUAUCCACCUCUUACUGCUUAUCACAGUCUCUUGUGUGCUUAUGUUGCAAAGUUAAUAAAUCCUGAUUGGAUUGCUCUCCACACAUCCCGUGGGUAUGAGAGUCAGCCACAUAAGUUAUUCAUGCGUGCAACAGUUCUUAUUGCUGAUUUGCUGGUUUACAUACCUGCAGUUAUCUUGUAUUGUUGUUAUUUAAAAGAAACAUCAACUAAGAAAAAGAUUGCCAGUGCUCUCUGUAUAUUGCUUUAUCCAGGCCUCAUUCUCAUUGACUAUGGACAUUUUCAAUACAACUCCGUGAGCCUGGGCUUUGCUUUGUGGGGUGUACUUUUUCUCUCUUACAAUUGGGACGUUUUAGGAUCACUGGCAUUUUGCUUGGCCAUAAAUUAUAAACAAAUGGAACUCUACCAUUCACUGCCAUUCUUUUGCUACCUACUUGGAAAGUGCUGCCAAAAAGGCCUUACAGGAAAGGGGUUAGUGCUGUUAAUUAAAAUAGCAUUUACGGUGGUUGCUUCUUUUGUGAUUUGCUGGCUCCCAUUCUGCACAGAAGUGGAACAAAUUCUGCAAGUACUCAGAAGACUCUUUCCCAUUGAUCGAGGCUUGUUUGAAGAUAAAGUAGCCAAUAUCUGGUGUAGUCUAAGUGUCCUUAUAAAGAUAAAGAAUGUGAUGUCACCUCAAACCCAGCUUAAACUCAGCUUUGCUUUUACAUUUCUGACCCUACUUCCGGCUUGUAUAAAACUAACCCUCCAGCCCUCACUCCGACGAUUUAAAUUUGCUCUGGUUAGUUGUGCAUUGUCAUUCUUCCUGUUCUCCUUCCAAGUACAUGAAAAAUCCAUUCUUCUAGUAUCAAUACCGGUCUGCUUAAUGAUAAACGAAAUUCCUUUGAUGUGUACAUGGUUUUUACUUGUGUCAACCUUCAGCUUACUGCCUCUUCUGUUGAAGGAUGGCCUGCUUCUUGCCUGUGUGGUGACAACACUGGCGUUUCUGACAGUAUGUGCGACUUCUUUUUCAAUAUUUGAAAAGACUUCAGAAGAGGACCUGCAGCUGAAGUCACUCUCCCUUUCUAUUAGGGCAUACAUUCCUUCAUUUAAAGCAUUCCCAAAGAUUAUUAAGAGUCUGUUUAUUGUCUCAGUAACUCUGAUGGGCAUCCUCACUUUAAUGAGUGCCACACUGACUCCUCCACAGAAGCUACCAGAUUUAUUUCCUGUAUCUGUGUCUGUUGUUUCCUGCUUACACUUCUUAUUCUUCCUGAUGUAUUUUAAUGCUAUUGUACUGUGGGACUCAAGAAAUGGUAGAAAUCAGAAGAAAAUCAAUUAGUUAAAUUCUAAGCUGUGAAAACUCAAGACUAAACUGGAAAGAGAAUAUUUUCAGUGAAAAUAUCAGUUACGAUAGGCAGCUCUAAAUCAGUCUUAUUUAGUAUAUUUCCCAUGAUCUAUGAAAACUAGGAAACAAAUUGUUUUACAUUUAAACAGAAAGAAUAAGUUAAUUACUUUUAUUUUAAAGAGGAAGAGUAGCUAUUACCAAACAGUGUUUGAAAUUUAACUCCACUUGUUAUAUUCUCAAGAACUUUAAUACUUCUGAUAUGGUUUUCCAAUAUGAAAAGGCUAUUUGUAAACUGUAAAUGAUUAAAUACAGGAAAUCUUGACCCUUAA